GACGAAACCAUCUGGAUUCGAAGGUAGCGAAUGACAGUGGCGAUACCAAGGGUAUACGGCGGCUAAUGUUUGGCGCAGAAUACGUGGUUGAUGGGCCUCUUACCAAAGCCGAGGCCGACAUUGAAGAAGCUCUCUACGCUCUUUCUAAGCCGUUUGCUCAACGUAUGGAGACAUGCAUCCAGAGAUACAAGGCCAGACGCAAGUUUGAUGCAUUUCGUAUCAACAUCUUCAAUUCCUACCUGAGGCUGGGAGGUGUGCAAACCGGCCAGAAGCAGUAUUCCGGUGGCAUCGACCCGAAGAAGAUGGAUGAUUUGGAUGCCGAACAGAUCGGACUGCUCGCGGCUACGGAUUUCAUCACUUUCAACGACAACGGAGGCGACGAUGCCCAGGAGUACGAUGUGGACUUCGCAUUUGUUGUCCGUGGAUUCUUGUCCUACAAGGUCCCGUACGGCUUGGGGAUCAGAAAGGUCCCUGAGUUGGAAAUGGCUUGCCAGGUCGUAAGGAACUUCCUCAACUACGUUAUUUACCACAACGUUUGUCCGGAGUAUAUCGACAAUAUCAAAGAAGCAAUCGAACUCUGCAACCUUGCCGAAAAGGAGUUGGUUCUCUGCAUACACGUGUCAAACCUUCUGCCGGGCUCAUGGAACAUGGCCUGCUCCACCAUCUAUGGCGGAUCCUAUGCUGGUAUUUUCGACCCUGAAGCGACGUGGGACGACACAGACCGCUCCCUCAUGGCUGGACUGGACCCGAAGAUGGCCAAGGAAUUAAUUCUUGUCGGCCUCAACAGACGUGGAACACCGGAACAGAUCGCAAGGGGCCUCGAUCGCAAGCUAACCGAAUUUAAGCACUUCCUUUCACUUGAGGUUCUGGAGGUGGUCAUGCCCGGUCCUAGCCCGCCGCUUCCAGAGAACGCCGACAUGGCCUUGCCGGACAACAAGUACUUCCGCAACACGCAGGCUCUCGGCUACCUCAAGGUUACGCCCUGGGUCGCGGAAGAACCAUUCAAGGAGGAUCAGUUGAAUGUCGAGGACCGUCUGCGUGGACUUGAAAUCAUCAUCUGGCUCGAGAAGAUCUGCCUGCAGUACUGCUUCCCGGGCAUGCAUGUGGAAGCCAAGGUGCACCAGUUCGAUGAUGGUCUGAUCUUCAUCGACAGUGUUACUGGUGUCCUGUGUAGCUUCUUCAUGCGCCUGGAAUACCCCAAAGAGGAUAAGGACAAAGAUGGUGACUUUUCCGACUAGUCUUUCUCCAGGAAAAGGCUUGGAUGCGUAUUUUGGUUUCUGCAUGGCCUGGUUUCGUUUGAGUGCACGAGAAUGGAUCUGCAUACGUACCGGUAUCGUUUUUCCUUCGGUGUUUUGGCUGGUGUACUUUCCGUAUUUUCUAGGCAGAUAAAAUUACCUACUCUGUUUACUGGAUUGUGUACUUGAAGCUCGUUUAAUUGUUUGAUUGAUUUCAUACAGCAUGGAACCCUAAGGCUAUGGCCGGUAGAGUUAUCUACAAUAAUGCAU